CCGACAUCCCACAUUGAAGUGUUUACUGUAGCCAAGAAAGGACAGUCUCACACAACUUGUGUUUAGACCUGCUUCUGUUGUUGUUCUGGGUUUUUUUUCCCUUCCAGACCGUGUAUCAGACAAUUUAAAUUACUCCACACCAGUACCUCUCUCCCGUGUCAGGCCUACACUACACAUUUAAUUGGAUAAUUUUCAGCCGUUUUCUUUAAUAUUUUCCAGUACAGGCUCGAAGUGGAGGAGUAAGAUGGAGCUGAAGGCAGAGAAUCAAACAUGCAUUGUGUUUCAUUUGGUUUGACACGUGUUGUGCCUCAGGAGUGUGCAUGAAUCUUCCAUUACAUGUUUGUGGAUUAAACAAAACAGCAACUUGUCAACAAAUAAACAUGGAGGACCGUGAGAUGUGGCAACAGAAGCUUGACAAACAGCGAACACUUUUGAUGAAGAAGCAGCAAAAAAGAAGAGCUAGUGCUCAGAUGAUUAUGGCAAAUCAUGAUGCUCGACCAAAGAAUUGGAGGCAGAAAUCUGCAGCUGAAGACACAGCUCUGUUAAUCAGUCAGUCUCAAAGCAACACCUCCUUAAAUGACACUCAACUGGAGCAGGGCUAUGAUAACAUGCUUGAAGAGAUCAACCUUGAUGAAAUGACCAUUUCAUCUCAAAUGAUACCUGAGGACACAAUGCCACCGGUUGCACCUAGGAUUAAAACAAUUGACCUGGAUACAGAUAAUCAAACAACUCCGAAACACUCACCAAACACACCCAAUCAAUCAGAGGAGAAGAAAAUGAAGAAAAAGGUUGUUAAGAAGACUCAAGCUAAAUUGCUUGAGCGAUAUGAUGUUGGAGAAGGACAAGACACGCAAAAGAAGAAAACAUUGAAGAAAAAGGAAAAGAAGAAGACAGAAGAAGCACAAAUUGAGAUUGAUUCAGUGUUGGAGUUCAACAUUACAGAGGAAAACAAAACUGAAAUAGAGAGUGAGGAUGAACUAGAAGGCUGGUCAAAGAGUCCAGUGCCUCCUACACCAAAGAAAAAACAACUUUUAUCUACUUCAGCACUAAAUGUCUCUGAAGAUGAAACAGAAGUCAAGGAGAAUAAGAAGGAAAAUCCAAAAUCACAGAAAAAGUCCCAAAAAUCUACAAAGAAUGAUUAUGAUCUUGCUUCACUAAAUUCCAACUUUAGGCAGUUCUCUUCGGAGAGUGACUCAUCAGACUUGGGAAAGUCCUCACCAGUGUCUUUAGAGGAUCUGGAACAUUUUGCUCUUCGCCCUGCGGCAAGAGAUAUGACUAUUCAGUGUAGAAUCACCAGAGACAGGAGAGGAAUGGAAAGAGGAAUCUAUCCUACAUAUUACCUCCACAUGGAGAAAGAGGAUGGGAAGAAAGUCUUUCUCAUGGCUGGAAGAAAACGUAAGAAGAGUACAACUUCAAAUUAUCUGAUCUCCAUCGAUCCUACUGAUUUAUCCAGAGACACCAGCAGCUAUAUAGGCAAACUAAGGUCAAAUGUUUUAGGGACUAAAUUCACUGUAUACGAUAAUGGAGAAAAUCCAGACAGGAAACCAUUUGUAAAGGAGACUGAAUCACUUCGACAAGAGCUUGCAGCAAUAUGUUAUGAAAAAAAUGUUCUGGGUAUUAAAGGCCCCAGAAAAAUGACAGUGAUCAUUCCUGGCAUGCAUGAGAAUGAUGAAAGAGUCUGUAUUCGUCCAAAAAAUGAGCUUGAAUCUCUUCUCACUCGUUAUGAAAACGGUAACAAAGAAAAUUUAGUUUGCCUUGUGAACAAAUCACCAACCUGGAAUGAGCAGACGCAGUCUUAUGUGCUCAACUUCCAUGGACGAGUUACACAGGCAUCUGUCAAGAACUUUCAGAUUGUUCAUCCUGACAAUGAGGACUACAUUGUUAUGCAGUUUGGAAGGGUGGCAGAAGAUGUGUUUUCCAUGGACUACAGCUUCCCCCUGUGUGCAGUACAAGCUUUUGCCAUCACUUUGUCCUCAUUUGAUGGCAAACUUGCUUGUGAAUAAAUACACAGUUUUAAAUUAGAUUAGUUCUUUUUUUAUUUGUUAGUACUACUUCUGUUGACCUAUAGUCAAAAAUAUUUACUUAUUGAUGUAAAGAUUAGUUAUUUUUGUAUUCUUUAGAAUAUAGUAUAUAAUAUUUUAAUAUUAUAAUAUAAUGAAUGGAUUUUUUAUUCAUUUGUAUUUUUUUUUUAUUUAGUGCUGAGUAAUUUGUUAAAGUACAUUAAAAUGAAAAAUUUUAACCUUUUAUUUGAAGGUGUGUACAUAUAUCAUAACACUUUAUAAAUGAUAAACAAGCGGGUUGACAUUUUUCAAAUCUUCUGUUGCCUGCAAGGUGAAUUGCAGUUGUAAUGAAAACUUAAGCCUUCCCCUUUCUACCAACUGACUGUAAGAUGAUUUCAAGUGAUUUUAAAUAAUUUUAAUAGUUUUAAUAGUUUUAGUGUACAGAAACUAAGCAAUUAACUUCUUUACUUGUUUACUUUACUUUUUACUUAACUAUUCAUAGGGAUUAGUGGAAUCUAAUAGCCCUGAAUAGUUCUCCACUUGGAGCGGUUUGUCACUAACUGAAUGUCAGUAAAAGAAGACGGCAGUGUUGUAAUUUUGUAUCUUCAGUGAACAGGACAAGACCAACCAGACAGAGUUUACAGGAAAAUCCAUUUCCUGAAAAUACAUUUCCAAGUUAUGUGAAUAUGAUAUGAGCAGAGCAUAACGUACUUUACAUGGCACUGUAGCAGCUAAAACCAUACAGUGAUAGCUUAGUUGUGCCUCCCCUUGGCUAGUAACACCAAACUAGCCUAGUCUCGUGUUAGAUAGCCAAAAAGUUUUAGAUUUUAUUGGUACCCGAGGUAAGUUUUUGUACAAAUUUCAUAUAUUUUUUUAACAAAUUAGCCCUCACAUGCAAGAAAAAAUGCAUGAAAACAAUCUAUUUAGAAAUACAUUUUUAAAAGAUUUUUGAUGGAGAAAAGUCAUGAUUAACAGUCCAGAUAACACCCCUGGUGAAAACUGUUAUUUACCUAGAUUUCACUACCUUUUCAUGAAAGCAUGUUAAAGUUAAGGUGCUGCGAUGUUUCAUCUUGAGAAACAAAUGUUAGCUUACCAUUAAUGGCAUAACUUAGGUAAUGUUAGCUAAAGUUACUGCAACCACUAG